AUGUACAUCCCAACCAGCAGAACCCUUGCAACAUCCAUCCCCCUCACAGGCGAACCAGGCGAACACCUCUUCCAAACAACCCGUCUCACCUGUCGACGCUUCACGCUCGCCGACGCACCCUCCAUCCCUCCCGCCGCAAACCACGAAUCCAUAGCCCUCAAUCUCCGUGACCGACUCCCUCAUCCAUACACCAUCCAAGAAGCAGAAGCCUUUGUAUCCCGUCGCAACACCGUCGUCGAAAACCGAUACCCCACACACGUUGCUGUGUUUCUCAAGCCUGACACACCGGAAAAUCCUUCAUCAGAGCCAGUCUUCAUAGGUGGGAUGGGAGUACACCCCGGCGAUGAUGUCAACUACCGCACGUGGGAGAUUGGAUAUUGGUUCGCGCCGCAGACUUGGGGGAAGGGGUACGCGACAGAAGCGGUGACUGCGUUUACGAGGUGGAUAUUCGCUACGUUUCCACAGCUGAAUAGGCUUGAUGCUUCUAUAUUUUCGAGAAAUGUCGGGAGUGAUAGGGUGUUGAGGAAGGCGGGAUUUAGGUGUGAGGGCGUACGGAGGGGGAUGGCGGAGAAGAAUGGUGUUUUGGAGGAUGAGACUAUGUUUGCGGUGUUGAGGAGUGAUUUACAAAGCGACUAA